GUCAGCGGCCGCAAACAGGAAGUGCCCCAGCCUCCGGCGGAGACCGCGCCAUGGCGCCCGACCCUUGGUUCUCCGCAUAUGAUUCCACUUGUCAAAUUGCGCAACAGAUUGCAGAGAAAAUUCAACAAAGAAAUCAGUAUGAAAGAAAUGGUGAGAAUACAACCAAGCUUACCGUGACAAUCAGAGCUUUGUUGCAGAAUCUGAAGGAAAAGAUCGCCCUUUUGAAGGACUUAUUGCUAAGAGCUGUGUCAACACAUCAGAUAACCCAGCUUGAAGGGGAUCGAAGACAGAACCUAUUGGAUGAUCUUGUAACUCGAGAGAGACUACUUCUGGCAUCCUUUAAGAAUGAGGGUGCAGAACCAGAUCUAAUCAGGUCCAGCCUGAUGACUGGAGGGGCUAAGCGAGGAGCUUCCAACCCGUGGCUCCUUGAGGAGCCGGAGGAGACCAGAGGCUUGGGCUUUGACGAAAUCCGGCAACAACAGCAGAGAAUUAUCCAAGAACAGGAUGCAGGCCUUGAUGCCCUUUCUUCCAUCAUAAGCCGCCAAAAACAAAUGGGGCAGGAAAUUGGAAGUGAAUUGGAUGAACAAAAUGAGAUAAUUGACGACCUUGCCAACCUGGUGGAGAAUACUGAUGAGAAGCUUCGCACUGAAACCAGGCGUGUGACUAUGGUGGACAGAAGGUCAACAUCUUGUGCCAAAAGAUGGAAACAACCCAAACGUCCAUCAGCUGAUGGUAGAUAAACAAAAUGCCAUGUACACAUACGAUGGAACAUGACUCAGCCACGAAGAGAAGUGAAGUUCUGAUGCAUGCUACAACACGGAUGAAUCUUAAAACUAUUAUGUUGCGUGAAAUAAGCCAGACAUAAAAGGACAAAUAUCUUGUGAUCCCACUUCCAUGAAGUAUCUAGAAUAGGUAAAUGCGUAGAGACAGAAAGAAGAUGAGUGGUUACUGGGGGCUGGGGGGAGGUGGAGAAGUUAAUGUUUAAGGGGCACUGAGCUUCGGUUUGGGGUGAUUAAAAAGUUUUGGAAACCAAUAGUAGUGAUGGUUACAAAACAUUGUUACUGUAAUUAAUACCACUGAAUUGUACACUUGAAAAUGAUUAAAAUGGCAAACUUUAUGUGAUGUAUUUUAUCACAAUAAAAAAAAUAAAAUAACUGAUAAUGUAGAAGUCUAUUUAUUGGCACAGAAAAAUGUGCGUGAUUGUAACUUCGAUCACAUUUAUGAAGACUGUAAACCCCAACUUAUGGCUUUGGUACGUUAAUGCAGAAAACAUCCACCUAGCUAUCAGUAUUAACAAAAGUAAAUAAGAUGCUGCUGUUACUGAAACAAACCUUUUUCAAUUGAUUUAAAACUAUAUCCCCCUUUAGGCAUAUCUGGAUUAUUUUAGAAAAAUGACCUUUUUUCCGUCAUGGAGAUAACAGAUACUAAAUGUUGUUGUUUGCUACUGUUGAAUCAGCCUGCAGCCCGUGGUGUCUCGGUGCACAACAGGGUCAGGCCGUUGUGAUCCAUAGGGUCUUCACUGGCUGAUAUUCAGAAGUAGAUCACCAGGCUUUUCUUUCUAGUCUGUCUUAGUCUGGAAGCUCCGGUGAAACCUAUUCAACAUCAGAGCAACACACAAGCCCCCAGUGACAGACAGGUGGUGGCCAAACAUGAGGUCCGUUGGCCGGGAAUCCACCCCAGGUCUCCCGCAGGAAGGUGGGAAUUCCACCACUGAGCCACCCCUGCCCCCAGACGUGAAGGAGUGAAGUGAUACAGUGUAAAAGGCAUCGGAGACCUGCUCGUGCGAUACAGGAGAACACUCAGAUGGCUGUUUGGAAUUGCUUCCUUCUCACUUCAGGAGGUGAAUUGUAUAACACGUGGACCUCCCCCUUUCUGUUGGCACCCUAAAAUACCAACUCCCAUGUCCCGUGGUUGCUCAUGAAGUUUGUAUAACGCACAUGCUAAGUGUUUGUAGUCAGAACGUCCUUUAUAUGGGACCCUAUCACGGUUGUCUGUGUUGGGUUUUUACUGGGGAAAGCCUGUUUUUCUGCCAACAGCAUUUAUUUGGGGAGUGGGAAUAGCAACAGGAAGUUCAUUGUUGAUGCUUCAGCUUCAUCCAGGCAAAAUGAAGCCUCUGAGAGAAGCACAAAAUGGGAAAGCCUUUAUUUAAUAGAAAGUGACUGAUACGGGCUGACAGCCUCAGAGCUCUCUCCGUGACCACCUUGGAGACCACCACGCUUAUCAUCUGUUACGAGGCAGUGAUUUUUGCUAUCAUCACAGGGUCAGAGAUGAUCACAAAGUUGAAUUGUUUUUUGAUGAUUGUUUUUGCUUGGUGUGGUUUGGAAAGAUAAGGUGUGAUUUCUAGGAGCAGUUUCUGUUCAUAUUGAGUAAUAAUUACACUGUUUGGGACUUGAGUGAUGAUAUUACUUAUGUUCGUGUUUGUGCGUGUUCUCUGGUAAUAGUUGUUCACCAGUUAAUUCAUCUUCUUUCACCCGGCCCUGUGGGGACAGCAGAUACUGGCUGGGCUGAGCAGCAUCCCCCGUAGUCCCGAGACAGUGAGUUGUGCGUGCUCACAGUGCGCGUUACCUACUAUUCGUGCGCCUACUUAAGGGGCAAAGGGCACCCCAACACCUGCCCGUGUGUGAAGUGAGCGUCAUUAUUGCCAUCUCUCAUUCUUAUCGCUUCUGUUAAUAUUGGUAAAGCACACUUAACUGAUCACUGAUAUAUACAUACAUCCAAAAUACCGGCAAUUUAUUUUUGAAGCCUAGAUAGAAAAUUAAAAUUUUAUGCCUGGCGUAUUUAAUUUGCAGUGACUUCACCAUUCUUAUUUAACAGUUCUCUGACUUUAUACUCUUUGAAUGAUUUCACUAACAUCAACUUUUUUAAAUCAUGUUCUUUAUAUCCUUGAUAAAUAAAGAAUGCCAUUUAUUCCAUUUUGCUACUCUGACUUCCAUUUUGUUUAUAGAUAAUCAUGUUUGAAAGAAUUAGGGGGUAUGCUUUUCAUCUUGGUAGGCGACAGGCAUAUUCUCUGUGACACUGAAUUUCUUGUUUUAUACUUUCUGUUCCUUAAAAAGGCUAAACUUCCAGUUCUCCCAAAAAACAAAACGAACAAAAAGAUGAUUAUCUUAUCUGUAUCCAUUUUACAUUCCUACCAACAAUGGACGAAGGUUCCAAUUUGCCUGUUUUUUCAAUGCUGCUUCUCUCUCUUUUAUAAAUGUGUUUUGGAACUACCACCUGGGUUUUUUCCUUGUGUAAGUAUUUCUUAAGCUGUGUCUCAUAUCCUUGGUGCCACGUGAUGGCUCCAGUCUAUUUAAUGGUCAUAAUGUUUUUGUUGUUGCUUAAUGGUUAUAAUGUUUUUGUUGUUGUUAGGUGGCAUCAAAUCAGUUCCAAUUCAUAACGGCCCUGUGUACAACAGAACAAAACACUGCCUGGUCCUGCGCCAUCUUCACAAUUCAUUGCUAUGUUUGAGCCCAUUGUUGUAGCCACUGUGUCAGUCGAUCUCUUUGAGGGUCUUCUUCUUUUUCACUGACCCUGUACUUUACCAAGCAUAAUGUCCUUCUCCAGGGACUGGUACCUCCUGAUAACAUGUCCAAGGUAUGUGAGAUGAAGUCUUACCAUCCCCACUUCUAAGGAGCAUUCUGGCUGUACUUCUUCCAAGAUAAAUUUGUUUUUUCAUUCUGGCAGUCCAUGGUAUAUUCCGUAUUCUUCACCAACACCAUAAUUCAAAGGCGUCAGUUCUUCUUUGGUCUUUCUUUUUCAUUGUCUGGCUUUCGCGUGCAUGUGAGGUGAUUGAAAAUACUGUGACUUGGAUCAGACUCACCUUACUCCUCAAAGUGACAUCUUUGCUUUUAACACUUUAAAGAGAUCUUUUGCAGCAGAUUUGCCCAAUGCAGUACAUGGUCUAAUUUUUUGACUGCUACUUCCAUUGGCAUUGAUUGUAGAUCCAAGUAAAGUAAGAUCGUUCACAACCUCAAUCUUUUGUCAUGAUGUUGUUUAUUGGCCCAGUGGUGAGGAUUUUUGUUUUCUUUAUGGUGAGGUGUAAUCUGUACUGAAGACUGUAGUCUUUGGUCUUCAUCAGUAAGUGCUUCAAGUCAUCUUUGCUUUCACCAAGCAAGGUUUAUCAUCUGCAUAUCACAGGUUGUAGUUAAGUUUAAAUAUUCCUCCAUCCCCUCAAAAAAAUACUUUUACACCAGUAGCAGAUGGUAGGUGGAUUUUUCAGGGGGGAAAAAAAAAAGCCAGCAGACUUUAAGCACUAAAUAAACAUAUUUCCAACCACUUUGCAAAGUAGAGAUUAUGAUCGUGAAAUAAUUUUAUAUUUGAAGGAAAAGGAAAAGAAGAAUCAACUAGAAAGGCUUCUCUUUCUCCUGUGGUUGCUUCCUCUAGCCUUUGAUAAGCUGAGCAUAACUUGUUUUUAGCAAAUCGGAAUAUUUACCUAUUUAAAGGCAUAUAUGGGUUCUUCAAAAAAAGGGGAAAUAAAAUUACUAUAGCUUAUACCAAUUCGUUGUUAUAUUGUUAUGUUGCCAUCAAGUUGGCUCCGACUCAUGGUGGUGAUCCCACAUAGAACAAAAUGUUGCCCAGUCCCGUGCCAUCUUCAUGAUCGUUGGUAUGUUUGAGUCCAUUGUUGCAGCCAUGGUGUCAUUCCAGCUCACUGAGGGUUUUCCUGGUUUUUGUUGGCCCUCUACUUUACCAACCAUGAUGUCCUUUUCUAGAGAAUGUCCUUUCCUGAUGAUGUGUCCAAAGUCAGUGGGCAAAAUCUCACCAUCCUCUCUUCUAAACAACAUCUGGUUGUAUUUCUUUUAAGACUGAUUUGUUCAUUUUUCUGACAGUGCACAGUAUACUCAGUAUUCUUUGCCAGCACUAUAGUUUGAAUGCACCAAUGCUUCUCCUGUCUUCCUUUUUCAUUAUCCAACUUCCACAUGAAUAUGAGGUGACUGAAAAGUGGUAAUUCUCAAAAUGAACCUAGUAGUUUUACUAUAUAAGGUGAAAUACAAACUCUUUUUUAUCUACAGUGCUCAUUUCAGAUAAACCCAAUCAGGUGUCUUUGGCAUUGCUGAAUACUUGGAGAACUGUUGGGUUUGUAGGUGACAAAAGGUUAUAAGGAACCCUUUGGAGAAAUUCUUUUUGGGAAUUCGAGGUUCUCUAUUUAACCUUUCCUCCCAGAGAUGAUGUGUUUUUUUGAGAAUAGUAACUUCGCAGACAGUAAUCUCUUUUCCUCCAUGUUAAUGAUCAAAGUCCAAGCGAAGCUCCUUAGCUUCAGUGAGAACAUGCUAGAAAUAAUCCCAACCAGGUCCCUCUGAGCGGACAACCCUGGAGCAUGAACAACUGAUGGGCUCUGGAUUAUCACACAUACACCAGUCAAGGAGAGCCUUCAUCCAUCCAUCUUUCAAUUACAUCUCCUGCCCUGCUCCCGGGCUCUCUCCUGCCUUCCUGCCUUCCACCCACCCUCUCUCCUCUUUCCACUCUUCUCGCUCUCUUUUUCUCUUCUCCGUAACUUUUUAAAAAACGCCUCAUAUUUUUAAAGAAAAGUCAUCUUUUUUUUUUCUCUCUUCUGUUUUCUCUCAGCCCCUCAGUCUUCCUCUCUUCACAGCUCUUCUCUGUUCGUUAUCUCUGUCAAGAAUAUUCCUUUCAAAGGCCCUCCACCUCAUCCCACCCUCUCAGCCGGCAUCCAUGAAACCAUGCCAUCCUGUUUCAUUUUUUCUGUCCCAGCCAGCAACUCCCUCUCCGUGAUGUGUCAGAGAGCAUGCAGCCAUCUGGCAGGGUGUUACAGGAUACAUUAGAAGAUAGGAAUGGUCCUAGAAAUGUAGGUUUUAAAAUGUUGUUAUGUAAUAUUUUUACGAUAUACUCUACAACUUACUUUUAAACAAACCCCUUACGUACCUGUUUUCCUGCCAUUUUCAUUACCUGUUUUAAAAGUGUGUCACAGAUAGCGAGUCAACACCUGGCUGAUGUAGCACGGCUGCCUUUUUUGCAAGGUUGAAGAUUGACGCACCCUUCUUGCAGCUCAGUUUCAUCUCUUCAUGAAAGGGUGUUUCUUUUUUGUUUUUGUUUUUGUCAUCUUGCAAUAUGCAAACCAUUUUCCUUAUUUUUUUUUGCAUCAGUCACAACUUAUGAAGGGGGUCUGUUACUCACCUGGCUGCUUAUUCUGGAAAUGAGUGGAUAUCCACUUUAGUUCACAUCAGGAUAACUUUGCCAUCUUCUAAAGGUGUAGGAAUGUAGAGGGCUUCCUUCACCUGCUUCCUGCAGUUGGGCCAAAUCAGAUCACAGUCCCCUAGACUGCCAAGUCUGCCCAAGACGUCAGACACCAGCCAUAAGCCCAGGGAAUCCCAGGCCACCCUCACUUCUGACCAGCCGGCUACAAAUUUGGGGAGUUCUCGCUCAGGUUUGAUAAUUUGCUGGAAUGACUCACAGAACUCACUGAAAGUGCUACACUUAUGAUUACAGUUGUGUUGUAGCCAAAGGAUGUAAAUCAGAACCAGCCAAAGGGAGAGGCUCAUAGGGUGAGGUCUGGGAGGGCUCUCUCCCUGGGGCAUCAGGACGUGUCACCCUCCUGGCACGUUGACAUGGGACAGUACAGAAGAAUACUAGCAAUCAGGGAAGCUCACCGAAGCCUCAGUGUCCAGAGUUUAUAUUGAGGAUUCAUUGCAUGGACAUUAUUGAUUACAUCAUUGGCCAUGUGAUCAAGCACAGUCUCCAGGCCCCCUUCCAUUCCUGUGGUCGGGCUGAUGUCUUGUGGCUCCAAACCUCUGAUCACGUGGUUAGUGCUUCUGGCGUGGACAGCCCCAUCCUGAGUCAUGUCAUUAGCAGAAACUAUCCAGGAGCCCACCGGGAGUCACGUUGUUAGCACAAACCAUCAGGUGUAGUCUCGGAGACCCACCAGGAAUUAUAAAGACAUUCCAGUCACUUGGGAAAUUUCAAGACUUUAGAGGCCACCUCCCAGGAACCAGAGACAAAGGCCAACCAGAUUCUGUAUUCCACAAUAACUUUAUCUGUAAACAGAAACCCUGGUGGCACAGUGGUUAAGUGCUACGGCUGCUAACCAAGAGGUUGGCAGUUUGAAUCCACCAGGCACUCCUUGGAAACUCUAUGAGGCAGUUCUACUCUGUCCUAUAGGGUCGCUAUGAGUCGGAAUCAACUCAACGGCAACGGGUUUUUUUUUUUUAAUCUGUAGGACAAUUUAAGUCAGACUAUACUUUUGAAGUCAUAACCGUAGAUGAGGCUUUGUGCCUUUAGCUCUUUCUGCUAAUGAAACUUCUACAGGCUUUUUUUAAAAUCCCUGAAGGAGGCUAUGUGAGUCAGGCGCCAGUCAGGAAAAAGAGAAACCAUAGUAGAUACUUCACCCAGAGGAGAUUUAAUACAGAGAACUUGUUACAAUAGUGUCAGAAGGACUGAGAGAAUGCAAAGGGGCAGUUAGUAACUGUGUAAAGCAGCUACCACCCGUAGAUCCAGGAGAACAAAGAUGUGGAAGAAGUCUUACCAGAGCCCAAGAGCACACUCACUGCUGUACUCCUGGGACUGCUGCUCAGCCAUUGCUGGAACCUCCUCGGAGGGGCUCCUGGGUUAAUUCUGGGGCCAUGAAGAGAUGCCCCCAGACCAGAGGAGGGGCUGCCUUACUCGUUCUGGGGCUGCUAAAGAGAGGCUGUCACAGCUGAAGCGGGGAACACUGAGGCAAUGUAGACAUUUCCAGAGACACUGCUAGAAGCAGAUGGGGAAAGAGAGGAAGAACAGCUUCACCCCUCUUCUUGCUUUCUGAACUCCUGCCAGUACCUUAUAUUGGUAGAACAUAACAGGAAGCCAGCUGGCAAGAGAGCCAGGGAAGAGUAGUCUAUGACUCGAAGCUCCAGUAUGACAACGGCGAAGUUGAGAAGGGCAGGCGUGGGGCUGAGAGGCAACAUAGGCCAACAGUGGUGACAGCGUUCUUUGGAUAGGGAACGUUGAGAUGUUCUGUACCUAUUUCACUGAAAAUUGUCUGAGAUGUUUCCCCAGCCUUUGAUGUUUCUUUCAGAGUUUUCAGGUUCUUCAUGGACCUGUUGCACUGGAAGAGGCUUAUAUGUAUUCUAAAGGACUGUUGGGUUAGAAGUGUUCUUCAAGUCAUGCCAGGCCAGGUGAAUUUCAAAAUACUCCAAAAUCAUUGUAGUUAGUAGAAUAUUGGAAGAUAAAGUUGAGGAGAUCUUCCAGAAAGUAGAGCCAGAAGACUAAGGAAGGAUAUAAAAAUUAGGGGAUCUGUCCAAGAUCCAAAAAACAGGAAUGCCACCAUGAGAAAACAGGACGGAGGAAAUCAUCAAAGAAAAUAAUAUAGGGAUCUCCCUAGAACUGAAGGAGGACGUAAGUGACCAUUUUGAAAGAGCCUACUAGGUACCCAGAUUAAGAAAUGAAAAAAGGUCAGCGUGAAUUUCGUAACAUAAUGACAUUUCAGAACACCCAGAUGAAGAGAAGCUUCUACAAGCUUCAAAGGGCUGGAAAAACAAAACAAAAUGAAAACAGAUCAUGUUCAUAGGAUCUGAAAUCAGAAUGGCCUCCAAUAGUAUAAUAGAAACACUGGAUGGUAGUGGACUAUCGCAGGAAGCUACUGGCAGACAUUUCUCCCUAAAUGGGGAAGUAACCUCAGCAAGAAGGUCUGGGAUGCCAGAAAUGAAGGAAUUCCCGGAAGGAUAGCAGUGGGAAGACCCAGGAUGUCAACUGUGCAGUAGACCAGUAGACCGUUGUCGGAUGGCACUGAAGAUCAAGGGGAAAACAAUGAUGUGUUUUGCUGUAUGAGGAUGUGAGAAGGCUUAGCUGGAGGGAAUCUAAGCAAAUGAAAAAGUGAGGCCAUUGUUAACUCCAGGGAAACAAAAAGGAAUACAAAGAAAGGAAACAUGAUUAUAGUAUGUUAUUUGAGUUAACGGUGAGUUUAUAUAUAGCCAUAAUUAGAUGUUAAUUUGACCAAAUUAUAUGAUACAACUAUAAGGAAGAUGGGAGAGGGAAGAGGUGCAGUGUAAGAGAGCUAAAUUCUCAUAUAAUCUAAGAAAAGUGACUAUGUACUAUCUAAAACUGAUGAAAUUCAGAGACUAUAGUAUGGGUGUAUUAUUUGUAGAGGUACAUAACACAAGAAACAGCUAAAAGAAGUGAAAAAUGAAUGUCUACUAUAAUAAUGGGGGUAGUCAGAAGGAGUAGGCAGAGAUUGGUGAGUCUUUUUAUUGCAAUCCUUUGUAGAAUUAUUUGACUUUUUUUUAUUUGUGCAUGAAUCAUUUUGAUAAAAUACUUUUUUAUAUUGAGGUUCUUUAGGUAUGUAGGUUCUGUUGUGUCUUGGGGGAUAAACUUACAAAUAGUAAACAAAGAUCUGUUAAUUAAAAAAUACAGAGUUCAUUCAGAAAAAAUAAAGUCAAAUAACUUCUAAACAAAGUACUUCGUACACCCUUUGUUGGGUGUAUUCUGAGGACAAUGAACUGUAGAAAUCUCGAACUUUACUAAGUAGAUUUGUUGUUGGGAGUGGUAUUAGUAGAGAAAUUCUGGAAAGACUUUGUGUGUUUACAGGAGAGACUGACUAAGGGUAUUGAUGCUGUUGGGAACCAGGAUGGUACAAAUUGGAAAAGUUAAGAAAGAACUUUGUGGUGUGUAUUAGUCCUCUAGGACUGCCAUAAUAAAAUACCACAAACUGGGUGACUUAUAGGGACAGAAAUUUAUUGUCUCACAGUUCUGGUUGUUAGGAGUCCACUCACCUGUUGGCCCGACCACGCUUGGUCUGAGUCUGUAGGGAAAGAUCCUUUCUUGUCUUUCCCAGCUUCUUUUAGCCCAGGCGUUCGUUGGUUUGUAGAUGCGUCAUCACAUGGCCGUCCUUCCUGUGCCUGUCUGCAUCUCUUCUCCUUUAUAGAACACCACUCAGAUUGGAUCAGGACCCAUCAUAUGCUAGUAUGACUUCGUGUUAACAUAGCUGAUAACAUCUUCAAAGACCCUAUUUCCAAACAAGCUCAUACUUACAGGUACCAGGGUUAGGACUUCAACAUAUCUGUUUGAGGGACCCAGUUCAAUCCAUAGCAUAGUGUUAGAUUUGAAUUGGAAAUGUUAUUAUGAACUUGUAAUUUAAAAAUAAUAAUUUUCCUAUCUUUAACCACUGAAAGAGCCUAGAAGCAAUGAUACUCCAAUGGCAGUGAGCACAAUUAGCACCCAGAUUUUGGUUUCUAAAUACUAUUCACCAUAAAAAAGGAACCAAGGCUGCUUGUAGAAAAACUGACUCCAGGUCUAGGACAGGGAAAUAUAAGGCAAGUCUAGAACCCCCUGUGUCAGAAAUCAAGGACAUACUCAAAGAAUAAUGAGGUCAUUUCCAAGGAACACAGGAGCUGGCUGAAAGGAACUCCUGCUGGUCACACAUGGGGCAGAUGAGGCAAUAAAAAGAAUCAUGAUGGUAAUGGGUUAUAAACACUGGAUUAACAGGUAUAUCCGUGAAUCCACAGUGAUGCUGAAAAAUAGGUAAAAGUGAGGAUGGGGAGAGGCUUUUUGCCAGUAAUAAAUGUCGAUAAAGUCAGAAAAUCACCACUUUACAACCACCAGUGUGAAUGUUUCAGAAUUAGAAUGAACGCUAAAACUAUGGGGUAAAAGGUUGUGGGAAGUAGCAUACUCACCUUUCUCACAGUGUUUUACCCCACAGAUGAUUCAUUAACUACAAAGGAGGAAAGAGACUUGUCUUAGGUAUCUAGUGUAGCUGUAACAGAAAGACCACAAGUGGGUGGCUUUAACAAACAGAAAUUUAUUUUCUCACAGUUAGGAGGCUAGAAGUUCAAAUUCAGGGUGCCGGCUCUAGGGAAAGGCUUUCUUUCCCUGUUGGCUCAGGAGGAAGGUCCUUGUCUCUUUUUAGCUUGUGUUCAUCAGGGAUCUUCAGGUGGCUGGGCAUCUGUCUUCCCUCACCUCUGCUUUUGUAUCUCAAAAGAAACAGACUGAAGACAUACCCUACACUAAUCCUGCCUCAUUAACAUAAUCAAGAAAACCCAUUCCCAGAUGGGAUUAUAACCACAGGUACCGAGAUUAGUAUUUACAACGCAUAAUUUUGGGGGACACAGUUCAAUGCAUAGCAACACUCUAACAGAGUGACUGAACUGAGCAUCAGCAGUAGUGACGAGGUGGCGUUGUGUGGCUCCAAACGGACGCACUGGGGAGCACCAGAGCAUCACCUGCAUAGUGUUUGUGCCACAAACGUGAGCUUCAGCCUCAUCAGCCCCCUCCUCCUCCAGGCGACAUCCAGUCGCUUCCCACUCACGGAGACCCCACGUGUGUCAGAGUAAAACUGUGCUCCAUAGGGUUUUCAAUAGCUGCUUUUUUGGAAGUAGGUCAUCAGGCCUUUCUUCUAAGGUGCCUCUGGCUAGACUUGAACCUCCAACUUUUCUGUUAGCCGUCAAGUGCGUUAACCAUUUGUACCACGCAGAGGCUUUUAAUCUGAUGAAGACAAACAAUGAGCGUGAUUCAGAUUGGGGGGCAGCCUGUAAGACAACAUCCUGGAUUGGGGGGCAGCCUGUAAGACAACAUCCCGGACUGGGGGGCAGCCUGUAAGACAACAUCCCAUGGGGGUCAGCCUGUAAGACAACGUCCCGGAUUGGGGGGCAGCCUGUAAGACAACAUCCCGGAUUGGGGGGCAGCCUGUAAGACAACAUCCCGGAUUGGGGGUCAGCCUGUAAGACAACAUCCCGGAUUGGGGGUCAGCCUGUAAGACAACAUCCCGGAUUGGGGGUCAGCCUGUAAGACAACAUCCCGGAUUGGGGGUCAGCCUGUAAGACAACAUCCCGGAUUGGGGGUCAGCCUGUAAGACAACAUCCCGGAUUGGGGGGCAGCCUGUAAGACAACAUCCCGGAUUGGGGGGCAGCCUGUAAGACAACAUCCCGGAUUGGGGGGCAGUCUGUAGGACAGCAUCCCGGAUUGGGGGGCAGUCUGUAAGAGACGUGGACACUAAAUGCAAUUUGUGAUUUUGAUUGGAUUCUAGAUUGAAAAAAAAAAAACAGCCAGAAGUACAUUAUUGGAAUAGUGAGGACAUUUGAUUAGGAACUGUAUUAGAUAAUAUUGUAUGAAUGUUGAAGUUCUUGGACGUAACAAUGCUGUAGUGAUUUUGUUGGAGAAUGUCCCUGUUCUUAAGAAUGCUGAAGUUUUUAGGAAUGAAGUGUCACAGUGUUUGCGGUUUACUUUAGAAAGUUUUAGCAAAACAUACACACACACACACACACACACACACGCACAUAUAAAGAGAAAGCAAAUGUGGCAAGAUGUUAAUUGGCGGCUCUCAAUGAAGGGGAUAUAGGUGUUCAUUGUACUGCUUUUUCUACGUAGGUUUCAAAUUUUUCAAAAUAAGAAAGGAAAAAGGGAAAUAUAGACAGACAGUGAAGUUUCACAGAUUAAUGUCUUUGUUCACGUUUUGAUACGUUAUCUAAGGAGAAAAUGAAUGUUGUUGUUGGUUGCCACUGGGUUGGCUCUAGCUCAUGAAAAUCCCACGGCUAAUAGCACAAACCAUUGUCCAGUCCUGCACCAUCUUCACCCUCAUUGGUAUCCUUGAGUCCGUUGUUGCAGCCACUGUGUAUUUUGAGUGACUUCCAGCCUAAGGGGCUCAUCUUCCAGCACUAUAUCAGACAAUAUCCUGUUGUGAUCCACAGGGUUUUCAUUAGGUAAUUUUCGGAAAUAGAACUCUAGGCCUUUCUUACUAGUCUGUCUUAGUCUGGAAGCUCUGCUGAAGCCUGCCCACCAUGGGAGAUCCUGCUGGUAUUUGAAAUGCCGGUGGCAUAGCUUCCGGCAUCAUAGCAACACGCAAGCCACCCCAGUACAACAAAUGGAUACCUAGUGAAAUUUCUAGCAAGCUCUUUCAAUCUAGUCUGAAAUCUCAGGAAGAUAUGUGAAGACAAAUGCAUCUUAAUGUGGGCAAGGCAUUGCCGUAGCAAACAUAAUAGGUGCCUCACCUAUAGGGUUGUAAGGCUCCAGCCACUGAAGAAAGCAACACCGAUUCCACUGUAGCCUUUUUCUUAGAAGAACUUGGACGUCGAGAAGAAGCCAAAGCAUUUUAGUCCUUGUACUAAGCUAAUGUGCUCCCUCAGCUGGAAUACUGUGUGAACUUGUCACUUAGAAUUUAGAUUUCCAUCCUGAAAGCUGGCACUCUGUGGUGAAAUUGUUUAUCUUCUCACUAGGCCUUGAGCUUCUUGAGGGCAGUAACAGUAUCUCUCUGAUUCCCAGCAAGCAGCAAAAUGAUUGGCUUUGAAUUGAAUUUCUGCAAAAGGCAACUGAGAUAACAAUGUGAACGGAGAUUUUCUGAGUUGUCACACUUUUUGUUUCCAAGGUCUUGUCAGUCUGGAAAGAUGAAAUUUGAACAGGGAUGGAGAUUUUAUCAGAUUAUGAACGGUCUAUACCAAAUCCAAGGAUAUACUUGGAUUUGUCCCCCAUAGUUUACAAUGCUCAGAUAUUUAGGAUAAAUGAAAACAAGCCACAUACUACCCAAAACCAAACCAAACCAAACCAGUCCCAGCCACCAUUGUUUGUUUGUUAAAAGCUUCUGCACACACCAUCCAAUGGUGUAUUAUUCAGCCAUAAAAAGGGAUGAAGUACCGAUGCACGCUACCACAUGGAUAAACCUUGAAAACAUUGUGCUGAGUGAAAGAAGCCAGACACGCAAGGCCACAUUUUGUAUGAUUCCGUCUAUGUGAAAUAUUCAGGAUGGGCAGAUCCAUAGAGACAGAAAGGAGAUUAGUGGUUGCCAGGCACAGGAGGGCUGAAGUUUCCACUUGGGGUGAUGAAAAAGCUCUGGAACAAGAUAGCGGUGAUGAUUGUACGACAUUGCAAAUUUACUUAACGCCAUUAAAUUGUUCACUUUAAAAUGGUUAAAACGAUACAUUUUGUUAUGUGUAUUUUACCACAAUAUUUUUAAAAAUGGAGAAAAGGCUUCCACACACAGCAUUCCUCCGUUAAAAACAAGGACCGGUUUUCAUAAAGAGUAAUUUUUCUAUGAUCCCUUGGUUCCGGGCAGCCCAGGCAAUUUGGGAAAGCUGGGGGUUUCCUGGUUUCAAGGAUUAAGAACCGCUCUCUGUAGUAUGAUAAUGGAUCACUGCAGUAAACUAGGGUAAGUUGGAGGCACAUCUAGCCUUCGAAGCUGCUGACAAGGAGAGGCGUUCCUUUUUGCAGCGUGUCCCUCUGUGUUACCGUCAGAAAACCGGCAAGGGAGGAGCACCAGGUCUGACUCAGUGUGGCCGCUCCUGUGGUCUUACUAGCGCCAGUCAGCAAGUUAGGAGCACAAGGGAAUCUGCUCACUUCCUGGCCUCCUGGUUUCUGAGUUUAUUUUCUUUUUCCCAAAAUACUUUAUUUGGAUACAUAUGAAAUCAGCCCUUAGACCUGCACAGGCUGGAAGGCUCUCCAUUGAGUGUUUGAUAAAGUUUUUUAGUUUUGUAAAGAACAGUGACCAGAUGUGAGCAGUGUUAGUGGUUUGUGGUCCUUGCUUGCUAAACUGAUUCUUUCCAUGGAACCUCUCAAAAGUUCUUAAUUUUCCAUGACACACCAGGAAGGCAGAGCACUGAGCAGUGAGGUUGAGUGGGAUGGACAGCAGACUUCUCAAAGAUGUGUGCUCCUGUGGUAAUCAAUGGUUGAGUCGAGGCGAGAGAGAUGAGGAGGAGAAAAGGAGAGGUGAGAGGAAGGACAUUUAAAAGACGAGAGAGGAAGAAAAGGAGAGAAGAGUGGGACCGAGAGGGAAAGAGAGGUGCUCAGUCAAGAAGGCCUCCGUGUCCCUGCGUGGAGUCUGCUUCCUCUGCCGUGAUUGCCUUUCUUUGUCUUAAUAGAGAAGGGACCACCAGUGACUUAUUUUUAGAAGAUUUCCUGAAUCAAUUUUAACUGUGAAGAAUAUGUAUGUAUUUGGAUUAGGCAUUGCAGACGUUCAGAUAUAUAGCAAAAAACUAGAAAAGACCCCUACGUUAAAGUAUUUCUUCUCCCCACCUCAAUGAAAUUUGGCAUAGUGGUUAAGAGCUAUGGCUGCUAACCAAAAGGUCGACAGUUCAAAUCUACCAGGUGACCCUCUGCGGGGCAGUUCUACUCUGUCAUAUAGGGUCACUGUGAGUUGGAAUCCACUUGAUGGCAGUGGGUUUGGUUUUUAUUGCUGUUAUUUGGAGAAGGAACCUUGGUGGUGCAGUGGUUAAAGAGUUUGGCUGCUAACCUAAAGGUUGGCGGUUCAAACCCACCAGUUCCUCCGAGGGAGAAAGAUGUGAGAGUCUGCUCCCGUAAAGAUAUACUGUCUGGGAAACCCUAUGGGGCAGUUCUACUCUGUCCUGUAGGGUUACUAUGAGUCGAAAUUGACUUGAUGGCAGUGGGGUUUGGUUAUUUGUAGACUCGUUUAGGCUAGGGACCACAAAUUCAAAUGCCAGUCAGGAGAAGAAAAUGAGAGCCACAGACAGCCGGGAGUGGUGGGUGCCCUGCAAACUGACUGGGUGCCUUAGGCUGAGAUCUCUAGAGAAGCAAAACCAGUGAUGCAUAUAUACAUUUAUAUCCAAAAAACCAAACUCAAUGCCAUUGAGUCAAUUCCAACUCAUAAUGACCCUAGAGGUUUUCAAGGAGUGGCUAGUGGAUUUGAACUGUGGACCUUUUGGUUAGCAGCCAAGCUCUUAACUACUGUGCCACCAGGGCUCUGUGUGUGUGUGUGAGAGAGAGAGAGAGAAAUGGUUAACUCAGUUGUAGAGGCUGGCAAGUCAUGAAUCUGUGGGUCACGUGUCAGGCUGGAAGCUUCUGACUCAUGUAGCUGCAGGGACUGAUGAACCCAAGAUUGGCAGGUCAGACGGCAGGCUGCUGGCUCACAGGCUGUGGAGGCUGAUGAAUCCUGAGAUCGGCAGGCAUUGCAGCAGGCUGCUGGCUCAAGUCCCAACAACCGGAGGUCAAAUGAUGAUAAACAGGAUGCAGGAACCAGAGCAAGCACGCGAGCUUUACCAGAAUGUCCAUGUAUACAUAUAUUGGAUGCAGGACACACCCUCAGGGAAACUCCCCAUACAACUGAUUGGCUGAUCAUAUCAUGGAAGAUGACUGUAUCAUUAUAUAACUGCAAAUUACAUCAUUACAUAACUGCCAAACUACUGAGAAUCAGAAUCAUGGCACAAACAAGUUAACACACAAUCUUAACCAUCAUACCAGGUGCUAUAGAUUGAAUUGUACCCCUGAAAAAUGUGUGUCAACUGGGCUAGGCCAUGAUUCCCAGUAUUGUGUGGUUGUCCUCCGUUUUGUGAUCCUGAUGUAAUUAUCCUAUAUGUUGUAUAUGAUAUAAAAGAGGCAAGAUUAGAGGCAGUUACGUUAAAGAGGCCGGACAUAAUCUCCACAAUCUUUAUAGGAUUAGGUUGUAUUCUGAGUCAGUCUCUUUUGAGAUAUAAAAAAAAGAUGCAAACAGGGAGGAGAGUGACCUCAUUACCACCAAGCAAGCAGAGCCAAGAGCAGAGGGUGUCCUUUGGACCCAUGGUCCUUGUGCUGAGAAGCUUCUAGACCAUGGGAAGAUUGAUGACAAGGACCUUCUCCCAGAGCCAACAGGGAAAGCCUUGCCCUGGAGCUGGCGCCCUGAAUUCAGACUUCUAUCCUCCUAAACUGUGAGAGAAUAAAUUUCUCUUUGUUAAAGUCAUCCACUAGAUAACUAAGACAUCAGGUAUAUGACAGUCGGGAGUGGUGAGUACCCUGUGAGCUGGAGAGCUCCUGCCCAUCUAGAGAUGGGGGCUUGCUGUCCACCCCCAUUGAUUGUUGCUGCUUGAAACUGGGGGUCCAGGGCAACUAGAUCUGGUGCCCUUUUUUUUUUUUUAAGAAAGAGAGAAACCUGGGUUUAUGUGAAAUUUGCCAAUUUUUACAACACUGCCCAGCUCAAAACAUACCUACAAAUCAGACUUGGCCCCUUGGCUGCCAAGUAAUGAUCCAUGGUGUAAGUCAACAAAUUACUAACACAGGUGAAAAGGUUGAGUUUGGCGUUGCGUAGAGGGAGGUCAUAGAGCUUGUUAUUCAUUUUAGAGCAUUUUUUUUAAUUGCCAGGAAAUCAUCCAUGUUAGGGGAAUUGGUUUAUUAGUGGGAAAAUGAUUUUAUAAUUUUAUAAUUUGUGGGGAUGAGGGGAGACAGGCUAGAUGAGGUGGCACUGUGAAUCUUAUAGGCUGGGGACAGCUGGGAUAGCCGGGUACCUGGGAGCUGGGCAGAGUAGCACUAGGGGUUGGGAAGCGAGCACAGAAAGAAAGAAGUUUAGUAUCAAAGGCAGGCUGCCCUGGCCUCAGCAUUGUACCUGGAACUUCCACAGUCUUGGAAAGUAGUCUGGGUAGUAAACCUUCCAAAGCUCCCACUCUCUUCACCCCUCCAUGCCCAAGUCAAAUGGGACACCUUAAGAGGUGACACCUACAAGGAACAUACCAUGGACUACCAAAAGAACAAACAAAUCUGUCUUGGAAGAUAUACAGGCAGAAUGCUCCUUCAAAGCAAGGAUGGUGAGACUACAUCUCACAUACUUUGGACGUGUUAUCAGGAGGGACCAGUCCCUGGAGGAGGACAUCAUGCUUGAUAAAGUAGAGGGUCAGCGACAAAGAGGAAUUGACACAGUGGCUGCAACAAUGGACUGAAACACAACAAUUGUGAGGCUGGUGCAGUACCGGGCAGUGUUUCAUUCUGUGGCACAUAGGGUCGCUAGGAGUCGGAACCGACUUAACGGCACCUGACGAUGACAACAACAAGGAAGUGCAGGGAAGGCUUCUGUCCCUGUGCAGCACAAACCCUGGGACACGAGCAAGGUAGAUUCACUUUGUAACUUAAAUUGCUGUGCCAUGAGUCAGUUCAUAUGUACUCAUUGUUUGUUGCUCAUGUAACAUGUUUCUCUCCUUUAAAAAAGGUUAAAGGCACAGGAUGAAAAUUAACCUUUAUUUUUUAAUAGUUACAGUUGAUUAACCUGAUUUUUUACAAAAGAACCCAAACCAAGACGAUGGAAGGCAUGGAAGCGCGGAACCCAGAGAGCGUGAAGAGGGAGCGAGGGUGGCAGGUUGAGUCUGAACAGGAGCAGCCCGUGAGAAAUCUGGAAGCAGCCGUUGCCAGUGAGCAUACUUAUCUGUUCCCAGUUGGGAAUUCCACUCCACCUCCCCACCCUUGGUCUGACAUCCAUCUCCACUGCUGCUGCCACCCCUGAUCCGAUGGCAGGAUUUAUAGCUUGGUUCUGUAAAAGUGAAAGGGCCUGGCAAGGGGGUGCAUGGGAACCAGUUGGGAAUUGAUAAAUGAAGGCCUCUUUAGGGCCCAGGACUAUUUUGGCAUCUUCCACUUUUGGGUUCUUUGUAUGAGAGGCUUUGAGAAGCAGAAAUAUGGCUAAAAGUAUGUUGUGUUUUAAGAGAGAAAACAGUUACAGUGAUCAUUUCGGCUGUUUAAAUAGACCUAGCUCUGUCAUGGCUUCAUUGUGACUCUGCCCCUCACAGUAGAGACAAUAGUUGCAAUGACCCCCUUUCACCAACUUUUACUGUCCCUGGGUAAACUGAGCCCCAUCCAUCAUUCCAAAGGCUAAGUAAAAACUUGGAGUUGUUGGGAGUAUCCAGGGUAACAGUUUGGUUUGGUUUCUACAGCUACUUAUUGAAGAAUUAAAUCUCUGCUGUUUCUUGAGACGGCGUAGAAAUGUUUCUGGGUUUUGUGGUGCGUUUCGUCUUCAGCGUCCGCUCUUCUUUCUCAGGAGUCCGCACAGUUCAGUGCAGACCUGUGGUCACACCUGUCAUUUGAGUGUGUUCUGGGCCCACACACCCUCCUCUCGAUCAUCCUGUCAUUUUCUGGCACUCGACAUGUGUGAAACCAAAUUCAUCAUCUAACCCCUCACCCACUACCAUAAACACACACGCACACGCUCACACCUGUACACGUGUGAAGCCAAAGCAAAGGGCUAGUCUCGCUCCAGUAUUUGUGUUUCGCGCCAAUGUUCUGCCAGUGGCUCGAGCCCGGACCUUUUCUUUCACAUUUGAUUCCUUCCUCCUCAUCUUCCUUCAUUACUGCUCACUGGGCAUACGUAGCAGUUCUCAGCCACUCGGGUCUCUCCCUUCUGCAUCCUCAGUGUCACCACUCUCAGUCGGCCAUGAGGGCUACAGCUGUAGCUUCCUGCAUAGGCUCCUCUAUCUCCCUGUCUGCCCUCGCUUCUCUUCUGUGCACCUUAGAUACAGCUACCACCUUGACCAUCCUGACCACUGCUCUUCUUCUGCCAGGCACCUCACAGUGAACCUUCCAGAGUGCCUGCCUGCCCCAGAACACAGCCCACACUGCACACUCUUCUGCCCUGGAUCUGAGGCCUUCACAGUCUCUCCACCUGCGGUCUUGUCCGCCACCUUGAUCCUGUGCCCCUAUGGAAACCUUCCGCUCGUGCCUGUGCCCCUGUGGAAGCUUGCCAUUCAGCCAGACCACUUCGUUUCCACUCCUCCAAACAUGGUGUCGUUAGCAGCUGUCGAGGCAGCCCUCGAUUCAUGGCUACCCCACACACAAUCUGACAAAAUGCUGCCCAGUCUAUCCCUGUGAUGGGUUGCUGAUCACACAGUUGUGAUCCAUAGGGUUUUCAUUGGCUGGUUUUUGGAACUAGAUCAACAGGCUUUUCUUCCGUGUCCACCUUAGUCUGGAAGCUCCGCGGAAGCCUAUUCAGCGUCAGAGCAACACGCAAGCUUCCACGGACAGACCGGUGGUGGUUGUGCUUGAGGUGCAUCGGCUGGGAACUGGACCCAGGUCUCCUGAAUGGAAGGCAGGAAUCCUACCAGUGAGCCACCAAUCUCUGCCCGCCUCUGCGAGCAUAGUUUGUGCUUUUCUGCUUAUCAGCAUUUGCCCACACUGGCGUCCUCGCUGCUUCAAAUCUUCUUCAGCAUCACUUAAGAGUUGUGUCUUGUUGUAGCUAAUACUCUAUUUUCUCUCUGUGCUGAUAUGUUUUUACUCUUCGGUUUAUUAAAAAUGUUUGGACAUGAAUGUCUUUGGGAAAGGAACCGUGCUUUCCUCUGUGUUCACCACAGGGCAUCAGAUGCCUGCAGAAGUGGGGCAGGGACAGGAACAGGUACACUUUGGAGUGGAGAGGCGUUGGACUAGAGACCCCAUGCCCUUUCACAAGGCGUGAGCCACAGGUGACUGUUGCCAGGUAGCCAUGUGGGCCCGAUAGUGCUGUCUCUUCUGAUUUUUCAAGGAAAUCCAGAAAUCUGAAUUUCCACGUGAAAUUGCUUAAUUUAAAAUUUUUGGCAGCAUACUCUUAAGGUGGUACAACCAGAGGAACCCAGUCUCUUACAGUUACGACUUAGAGACGAUUCCACAUGCAGCGUGGCCGUUAAAUGUUAAUAUGCUCAGUGUACAAAUCAAAAUAAGGAGAAGAGCAGUUCCCCUUUUUGGAAUGGGUUUGGGAUCUGUAAAAGUAGAUUUUUCUGGAAAAUCGGGAAUCGAAUAUUGAUACUAUGGAUUUGGGAUUUAAAGGAUAGGAGAAAAACACGCCAGUGUUUAUCACUUUUACGUUUUUACGGUUGAGUUUAGUAAUAAAAGUCUCCGUUAAUUCAUAUAACCAGAUGUCUUUAAUAAUCUUUUUGUUAUUUUCAUUUUACAAAAAUUCAGUGCAAUGAAUUUUUAAAUGGAAUUUCACCAGAUUGAGAUUUGGG